AUGUCAUCAAACUUGGAUACACCAUCAGCAGAACAUACAGCAUCCGAAACUUUGCUAGCGAGCAUUCUCGUGGCCCGUUUCUUGCGGUCAAACAACUAUCAUGAGACUCUAGAUAUCUUUAUUCGUGAGGCGGGCCUGCCGUCUGAUGCUGGGGUGGUCAACAUGAAUAAAUUAGAUGAAAGUGACGGAGUCGAUAAGUGGACACUAGAAGGCAUCAUCCGAGAAAAGAAGAGAUUCGACCAGACAUUAUCGUUCGAGCGCUAUGGUCAUUUGCCUGUGAAGAAGGAUGGAUGGAGUGUGCCGGCCCCAGAAGUACCCAAAUUGAUAGAAACACCAGCUUCAUCUAAUCUACUCGCGGCAUCCGUUGAAGAAUGGCAGAUUGACGAUAGAGACCAGGACAAUAGUCAAAGAGGUUCAUACCUUGUCGCUACAGGCGCUGAUAGGCGUCUAAAUCUCUUCAAUCUAGACGCCAAUAACACUGUAGCAACGUCAAUAUCCGGGCUGACGGACUCGCCUAUCUUGUCUUAUGCUAGUAUUCGAGGACAAUACCAGCUAUUAACGACCAUGUCCGGUCAGCUUCUUCUCGUAAGCGGCAAUGAAGUUAUAGACCGAAGGAAAGAUCACAAAAAAUACGCAGUUAAAGUUCUCGCAUAUGAGGAGCAUGACGAGAACAUUUGGGUAGUUACGGUAGGAUGGGACAUGCAAGUUCUCAUAUACCGUAUGAUUCUAGCUUCUUCCUCGAAUAUAGAGCUGAAAAUCGGUGAGCCAGUGGGAUCUAUCAAAGUGCCAUCCAAUCCUGAGUCGAUUCUUCUCGUACCGCAUCCAGAAACCCAAGAGUUGACUCUUGUACUUUCACGGCGGGAUUCAACAUAUAUUUACUAUUACAACGUCGAACCAUUACGGUCAGUCAACACUCCACAGACAUGUGAGGAGACCGGCAAACAGAACCUUGCGCCCAACUCCAAUGCAUGGGUUGCAUUUUCGCCGUCCUGUCUUGCCCAAAAUCCUCGCGAUCCUGGCUUGGUUGCAGUAGCGUUAUCAACGUUGCCGCAUAUGAAAGUGAUGAUUGUCCGUUUGUUGUUUCCAACAAAUAGCAGAUUUGAGGAUGGAGACGGUAUUACAGCAACCCAACUCAGUCAAUCAUUGGCUUCGCUUGCACUUCAAAGCCAUGAAGAUGCUGCUAUCAUCAUACAAGCAAAUACAUUUGCGCCGCAGACUGCAUAUUCGACUCCACAGGUUGUAUGGCGGCCGGACGGAUCUGGCGUUUGGGUUAAUGGAGAUGAUGGUGUUAUCCGUGGAAUUGAAAGCAAAACAGGAAAACUGGUGGCGAUGCUUAAGAAUGGGCAUGAAGCUGGUAGUAAAGUGAGGAGUAUAUGGGCCGGGUGGGUUGAAGGAAAGAAUUCAACUGAAGAGUGGGUUGUUAGUGGAGGGUUUGAUAAGAGAUUGAUUGUUUGGAAGCCAGGAAGUUCGGAUUAG